AUGCCAAUUUCUAUAAAAACUUUCAAGAAAAAAGCCUCUCUUGGAACAGUUUUGCGCCGGCCGCACCAUACAUGGCUUCUCACAAAGCGUGUGACAAGUCCCACUCUAGAGCCAAGUGAAGCCGUCGCCGAAGAUGGUCUUGAUUCCGGUCCACUUCGUCAGAUUGGAGUGCAACCAGUCGGACUUGGCACUGAAGAGUAUAUGUAG